AUGGAGAUUACAACUAACACAUCACCUGAAGAUUGGAGUUUUUUCGCAAAGGGUGCAGCAAACAUCCUCUUCAAGUAUUCUGGAUCAAAUAAUUAUUUGAAACACAAAUUAUUAAGGUUGCGGUUAAGAAAGGCGGAAAAUGAAUACAUUUCAACAUGUCAAUUGUAUGAUUUCAUUGAAUUGAAAUGCAAACCGCUCUUUCCCCAGCAGAUUAUCGAUGUGCAUUUGGUUGUGUUGACUACUGAGUUUGUGUCUGCAUUGGAUUGCGAAGAUCAUGAAUUGAUGUUAUCUGAACAAUAUGGUCUCUUGAUCCCCAACAUCUUAUGUGGUAAUUUCGAAAAGCAAACUCUAUCCAAAUAUUCCAGUCUCUACGUUGGGACUUCCCUGAUAGAAGCGGCAAAUGGAAUUGUUGAUACGGUGAUUUUAGAGAUGAAACCCAAAUGGCUAUAUGAUAACUCAUCCAACUACUGCCGUACAUGUCUGCUCAACCAAGCCAAAGGAUACCGGAGGCACUUUUGUCCGUUAGAUUUUCUUUAUCCAGAAACAAUUGAAGAGGGACUCCAGGACCUUAUUGGAUUGAUUUCAGGAAAAACUAGGAAACUAAUUGAAGUUCAAAAUGGAAUCCCUUUUUUAAGUUUGCUAAGAGUUUUUGUGGAGAAGGAAGGAAAUGUCUUCCAAAAACUUAAAACGUAUCAAGAGGUAGAAAAUGAAAGCGACUUCAUUGUCAAUUUGAAAUCUCAGGAUGAUGUACUGGAGAGAUUAUCAUUGAUUAUGACGCUCCGUGACGUUGGGCUAUUUAUCAAAUGCGAGAAAUUUGAUGAGUCAAACGAUGUCCACAAGAGUCAGAUAAACAGCGCCAAUAUUGUUGUAAUUGAAGGAGAAAAGUUUCUUUUGACAUCAAACAUUUAUGAUCUCGACUUGAAAUCUAAGCUGAAGUAUAAACAUUGGAUUGCAGUGGAAGAGAAGCUAAAGGAAAUCUACAACUCCAACAAUCCAGAUUGGAGAUUCUGCGUUAAGAAAAACUCUUUUAAGUACACCUGA